GGCUCUCUCCGUAGUUUCUUGGCCAUAUGGUGGAGAGCGUGCAUUUUAAAUUAACCACCAUGGACAACACAACUGCCACCGGCACACCUUGGAGCAUCGACCCGACUUUUGACUCAACUUCUCCGGGCUUCAAAUCUAGUACUGUGGCGCCCACAAUCUUCCCACGGUCAGGCUACAGCAUCAUCUCCUAUCUUAUGUUCAUCAAUGCAAUUUUCUCGGUUUUUAACAAUACUCUGGUAAUAACCGUGUUGGUGAAGAAUCGUACUCUCCUCACCCCGAUGAAUGUGAUCAUCCUGAGUCUAGCCGUGUCUGAUUUGAUGAUAGCCUUGUGCGGUUCAUCGAUAGUCACCAUCACCAACUAUCAUGGUUCAUUCUUUCUCGGCGACGAGUUCUGCAUCUUUCAAGGAUUUGCUGUCAACUAUUUCGGUCUGGUGUCUAUGUGCACUUUGACACUGCUGGCGUACGAGCGCUACAACGUGGUGUGUAAGCCCAUGGCAGGCUUCAAGAUGAAUGUGCGUCGGAGCUUCCAAGGGCUCCUGGGGGUCUGGCUGUUCUGUUUGUUUUGGGCCGUUCCCCCACUGCUGGGCUGGAGCUCCUACGGCCCCGAGGGCAUCCAGACCUCCUGCUCUCUGGGCUGGGAGGAGAGGUCCUGGAGUAAUUACAGCUACCUGAUCCUCUACACGCUGUUCUGCUUCCUCCUGCCUGUCGCCAUCAUAAUCUACUGUUACACCAAGGUCCUCACCUCUAUGAGACAGCUAAACCGUAGCACGGAGCUGCAGGGCGGUCGCCCCUGUCUGCAGGACAAUGAGCGGGCAGUGAGGAUAGUGCUGGCCAUGAUCGGGGCCUUCUUCGUCUGCUGGCUGCCCUACACAGCCCUGUCCGUGGUGGUUGUGGUGGACCCAGAGCUCCACAUCCCUCCACUGGUGGCUACCAUGCCCAUGUACUUCGCCAAGACUAGUCCAGUCUAUAACCCCAUCAUCUACUUCCUAAGCAACAAGCAGUUCCGUGAUGCCACUCUGGAAGUCCUCUCCUGUGGGCGCUACAUCCCCCAUGACUCGGCCCCCGACACCCUCCCCAUGCGCUCCAUGACCCUAAGGACCACGGUGGGCAGAAAAAAACAAGGGAUCGGUGCACACAGCAGGGUGCUGCCUCUGUGACUCCUCUCUCCUCCAUCUCCUCCAUCACUCCACUGGAAACAGAAACGGGAACCUAGAAGUAUCAGGGUGGUCUGGGUCCAUCCGAGCCCCAUCACAGCUACUCACUCAGGUGAAUCCUAACUUACAAUUCAGUUGAAUAUUCACCCAGUGUCCCAUUGACAUUAAUGUAUAACUAAGUGAGAAUUCGACUUAAUAAAGUCCAGUCCAUGUCAAUCAGUCAGCAACCAAGUCCUCGUCUGCAGUACAUUCAAAAACUGAAAUGGCGCAAGGAUUCUAAAGUAUAACAAUGGGAGAUUUUUUAAAAGAAUUACAGAAAACCGGGGUGCAAAUUUGUCUUUGAAAAUGAUUUAUGGAGAUCCAUUUUAGAGUAUUGCAAAGCUGAUUUUGUUUUCGUAAUGUAGAGUGUGUGUUUGUGUCUGUGUGUGUGUGAUUGCGGAUGUGCGCGCAUGCGUGCGUGUGUGAGUAUUUUCAAAGUAAUUUCUGAUAUUUCACAGUGUAUUUAUUACAGUAUACCAACCAAGGGCAUACUACAUACUACAUACUACAUUUCUUUGUGCACUGUUUUGUCAUGUAAUGUUCUAAAUGCAUGAAUGUGUGUGUGUGUGCAUUCAUGCAUGCAUGCGUGUGUAUGUGUGAGAGAGUGUG